AUGUUAAUUUCAGUUCAAUAAUCAUUAAGUUUGACAAACUAGUCCAAAAUCUAAGGAUUCUAUAUUGGAUUGUAUUCCUAUAAUUUAACAAUUGAUAAUUCUAGUUAGAUAUUAACAGAUGGAAUGGGAUAUGAUACUAAUGAAGGAUUUGGUUGUGGAUACACUGAUAAAAUAAUAGGGUUGAGAUAACAAUGUGGAGGUACUGGAGGAAGUCAUGGAGGAAUGGGAGGAUUUUCAACAAGUCCAAAAUCAAAUUAUAAUUAAUUAUGUUUAUAAUUAUAGAGUAAAUAGAUUUAUGAUUAUUCAUUCAAUCCAAUAUUACCAGGUAGUGGUGGUGGUGGAGUUACAUAUGGAGAUUUUUUUGAAAAAAUAAACAUUUAAGGAUAAGGAGGAGGAGUUAUACAUUUAGAAGUAUUAAAUUUAUAAAAUGAUGGGAUAAUAAGUUCAAAUGGAACAUCUUAUAUUGAGGAACCAUUUUUUGGGAGUGGAAGUGGAGGAUCAAUUUAAAUAAGAAUAAUAUAUUUUAGUGGAUAGGGAUAUGUAACUGCUGAUGGUGGUGGUUCUUCAUAUGCUGAAGAUUUUAAUUAAUAUGAAUUUGCUAGAUAAAAGUUUUAUUAAACAUAUUAAGUCUAUGGUGGUUUUGGAGGUGGAGGAAGAAUCAGAUUGUUCUUUUUUAAUAUAACAGAAAUGAUUAAUAGUACUUAUUAUAACAAUUGCAUAAAUAAAAUAUAAACUAGACCAGGAGGUUUAACUAAUUAAUAAAAUAAUGUCCUUAUUAUGUCUAAUCAAAGUUUAACUAAAUUUUAAGGUUCAAUAACACCUACAGGAUGUCCUUAGGGUACUUAUGGAAAUUAUUGUUAAAAAUGUUAGUUAGGAAAAUAUAAAUUACUUUAUGGAUAAGGUCCUUGUUAACCUUGUUUUAAUACUAUCAAUAAUAGUAAAACAAAUUAUAGUAAUUUUGGAGAAUCCACACCAUUUUGUACAGUUGAAUGUUAUGAUAAUAAAUAACCAAAAGAAUAUUAAUGUUUAACUGGAUUAGCAGAGUUCUCAUAAAAAUUAGGAGGAUAAAAUGUUAUAUUUGCUUUAUUUGUUAUUAUAAUGUUAUUAUUGAUUAAUAUUGCUAUUGUUUGGGCUAGUAGGGAUAAGAAUCAGAAGAAGUCAAGAUAAUUUUAUGGAUCAUAUGAUGAUUCAACUUUAUAAUAAAUGACUAGUUCUUUAUCUGAAUUAAAUAAUAAAACAUAUUUAAUAAGUUAAGAUAUUCAUUUUCAUGUAAGAAGAAUUUAUCUGGCAGGUAAUAAUACUUAUUAAAAUCCAUGGUAAAUUUAUUAAGAAACUCUAGUUGAUAGUGAUUUAAAUUAAGGAGAUAAUUAAAGAUUAUAUAGAUUGUUUGAAACAUUCAAUUAAAAAGCAUUAUUUACUACUUUUGAAAAAUACAUGUUAAUAUUUUUCAAAUUUUAUUAUUAUCCACUUUACAUAUGGAUUCUCAAAUUAAUUUAAGUCAAAAAAUUUUAAAUUCUAUCUAAAUUAUUUAUUUAAUAAGAAUAUCUUUUUAAUGAAUUAGAUCCUGAUAGAGAUAAAAUUAAGUUGAAAUUUUCAUGUUCAAAAGAUAAAACUUUAGCUUUUAUUGAUAGAUUAAAUUUAGCAUUAAAAAUAGUAGAAUAGAGUAAUACUAUAGAAUUACCAAUCUAUUUAGUUUUAAGUGGUUUUGGAACAUUUCCAUAUCCAUUUUAAAUUAAUAUUCAUGAUGCACUUAUUAAAAGAUUAUGGUAGUAAUUUAGUUUUAAUACUAAUGAAGAUAGUAUAAAUCUUUUUGAAAAAUUUGUUGCUGAAUUUAAUUAUUAUGCAGUUAAAAUAGAUUUUAGAUAAUCAUAAUCUUCAUUUACUAAAAGAUUUAUUGAUCUUCUUAAUUAUACAAAUAAUUAUAAUUAUGAUAUUUUUAGAUUGCAUCAUGCUAUCUAAGUUGAUAUAUGUAUUCAUAUUAUUGCAAAUGAAGUAUCUGCUUAAAGUUAGGUAUAUCUACUAGGAAAUGCUAAUUAAAGAGAAUUAGAAUUUUUAUUAAAAUAAAUUCAUAUAAUGAAAAAUUUACCUGAAGAAUUCACUAUUAAAUUAUCUAUUAUUUUUAAUAAUUAUAAUAAAGAUAGAGUUGUUAAUUUAGAAACAUUUAAUAAUUUAGUAUAUAAUAUUAAUGAAUAAUUAUAAAUUAUAGUUAAUUAAGAUAAAGAUGAUUUAAGAAAUCAAAUAUAAUAAGAGAAGAAGAAAAUGUAAUCCAAAAUAAAUCGUUUUAAAAUAGAUGGAAUGAAAUAAUAUAAACUUAAAGGAUUCUAAGUAGUUAAACGAUUUUUCACUUGGUUAUUAAGUUAAAUUACUAGAUAUAGAGAUAGUAGAAUUAAUUAAUAAUUUCUUAUUGCUGGUAUAUGUAUUGUACUUGCUAUUUAAUGGGUAAUAUUAAUUUACUUAUAGAAAGUGCUUUGUAAUUGCAUAUCCGGUGUUAUUAUUUAUUGCUCAUGAUACGGAAAAGGAUUAAAUCUUUUUAGCUGAAUUUAUCACUUAAUCUAUAAUAUUUCCUGCAGCAUAAAUCAUAAGUUUGAUAAUUCUAUCUGCUUGGGUAUUAUUAAAUAUAUUAUUAGCUUUUAAAAUCAAGAAGAAACUAUGGGAAAAUGUUUCUAUUAUUUAAUCUUUGUGCUUUAGUAAGUUCUUUAAUUGAAUUUAUUUUUGGUUGUUAUGAUCUUUUUAAUUUUGAUUCCAGUGCUGAAUUUAAUCUAUUUAAAUUAUUCCCUUUCUUUUUCAUUUUGCUUUCAUCACAUUUAGUUUGUUUAUAGAUGAACUUUAAUGAACUCAACAAAAUAAAAUAUUUUGAGAUUUGA